CUCCAGUGAUGAUGUUCCAGUGAGCCUUGUGUGCCAUGUACUGUCUAUAACCUAUGCUCCAGUAAUGAUGUUCCAGUGAGCCUUGUGUGCCAUGUACUGUCCAUAACCUAGGCUCCAGUGAUGAUGUUCCAUGAAUCUUACUAUACAUGUUUGUGUAACCCACAUCAAAGAAACGAAAAAUGAAACCGAUUCUUCCUAAAAGUUCGGUGGCUGGUGUAGGUUUUCCACAAAUUCGCAGCAUUGUAGCUUCUCCUGGUACAACUAUAAUCUUUGCCACACCAAUGGCUCCGACAAACUUUGGUGUUGGACCCCCAGGAGCUCCUCAACCCACCUCCAUCAUACUGCCAUCUCCAUCUCCAACCAUCACUCUUUCUACCCAAAGUGUGCCUCAACCAACUCCUGUGAUAUUACCAUUGUCAAGUUCAAAGAUGGGAACCUCCACAAGCCUCCAUUCAAGAUGUCCUCUGUUAGCACCCAAGAACUUCUUACCAAAAUCAGAAUUAGAAAACCAGCAAAGGUCAAGAAAGUGUUUUAAAGGAAGAAAAUCCAAUCCAAAAUUAUUUAAAGUUAAAGAGGCAAUGGUGGCACAGAGACUGCAACAAACUAAUAGUUGUGAUUUACCUGGAGGGAAGUUGGGUGAUCAGGAAGCUUCUGUGAAGUCAGUUCUGCCCAAAAUUGCUCAAGGGGAUACGAAAACAUUAAUUAUUGUACCUGCUCCAAUACCCACAUUAAAGCCAUUAAUGGUCUCAUCAUUCAUAUUAGCCCCAAAAAGCUCUACUGUUGCUGAUGUCAAAACUAAUUUGGAUCAUUCCAGAAAUGUGGGACUGGACAAAACUGGUAAUAUAAUAGCAAAAGAAAACCACAAAAAUUUAGCCUUUGAGGUGCAGCAAGAAUCUGAGCCAUCACAUGAGACAAAGAUAACAAGCAAAGUCAAAUCUGUUUUGGAGGAUCAAGUCAGAAUCAGAUUUACAAGAGAUAAAAAAAGUCAUUCUCAACUGAGCCUUGUAUCUGAAAAUUCUCAUGAUAAAUUAGACAAAAUGGAGAGAGAUACAAAAUGCAAGCCUAGUGCAAGUUCACCAAUAGUAGUACAUAAAUGUACAUCAGCAGAGUCUUCUCAAGUUGAAUCACCAGUGCCUUCGGGAAAUUCCUCUUUACACUUAGCUGCUAAACUUUCUCCUCAGCAAGGUGCAUCCCAAACCCCUCCUCCACCAUAUCCACAACAUUCAUAUAUGAAAGAAACUUGCUUAAAUUCACAGCAUGCUCACUUGCCUCAUGAGUAUAAAAUUUGUAAAACUGUAAAAGAAAUUAACUGCCCUAAGGCAGAAACCCUGAAGUUAUCUGAAAUUACUGAAAAGCUUCGUGAACGAAAAUUCAGGAGGCGGCAAAGUCUUUCAGAAUGUCCUUCAAUACCUGGUCACAUACCUUCACCUGAAAAAUCCUUAACAAAUACUACCUGUGCCACUAAUAAUGUAGAUGAGAUACAAGUACCUCUCUCUAACUUAUCAAAGUCCUCCCAGAGUGCAACUCUAAAUGUUCAACACAUAUAUUCUUCUCACACUUCACCUCCAAAAAUAUCCAAAUUAGAUUCGCCACAAAAACUUUUAAUUGAUAAUGCAAUAACUGAAAAUUAUGCUUGCUGCUCUCCAGUUUCACCUGUGUAUUCUACAGCUCCUGUUCACUUAAAAUUGCAUUCAAAGGAUUCCCCAUCACGUAUAACUUCGCCUCUCUCUGCAGUGAAUUCUUACGUAGAGGGUUCAUUGGAUUCGCCUUUCUAUUGUGUGAAAAAUCACAGUCAUUCAUCUUGCCUAAGUGAUAAGUCUUCAGUUGGUACAUUAUCUGGUCUUCCAAAUUCUCCUUCAUCCAGUGGCUUUAUGUAUCCAUCUGUCUGUCAGUCACAGUAUUGUGCUCGUGUAUCAGCAACAUCACCUAUUCUCUCCUCGGAAUUUUCAGAUGCAAGUGCUGCUGCUGCUGGUAGCCAGUCUUGCCAUCAAGUGUCUUAUUCUCAUCAACCAAAGACCUCACAUGUUAUACCUGUUGAAGCACCAUUCUUAACCCAAAACUCUCAGUCAACCUCUACUUCCCAUACCACACUACCUUCUCAGUUCAUCUCGCAUCCCGACACAUCAUUUUAUACUCGUUCUUCACAGCCAAACCAGUGUAACAAAGCUCCACAAAAGUCUCUGCAUAAACACUCAUGUUCAUCCUCUCAUAUUAAUUCUUCAUCAUCAACCUCGUAUGUUCACUCGCACCAAUCAUCUCAGGAAACACACACACAGUCUUCACACUCGCCCUCAUACCACCCUCAUUCUCCUCAACCCGCUUCAUGUAUACAGCCUCUUCGACUAACUUCUUGCACACCCUCUCAGUUGAGUCCACACACAGGAUCUCCUAAACCCACCUUGCAUAUGCAGUCCCCACAUAUGCAUUCUAUUCAGCUCCCCUCAUGUAUGCAGCCAUCUCAGUCACCAUUAUACACACAGUCCUCUCAGCCAGCCACUCGUACACAGUCUCCUCAGCCAGCCACCCAUACACAGUCCUCUCAAGAAACUCCAUACACUCAGUCCUCACAGGCAUCCUUGUGUGUUCAGUCACCUCAGCGGCCUUCAUAUUCGCAGUCUCUAAUGCCCACCUCACAUAUGCUGUCCACUCAGUCAGUCUCAUACACGAAGUCUGCACAGCAAACCUGCUAUGAACAUUUCCCUCACUCAAACUCCUAUGAACAGUCCUGUGAAUCUGCUUCUGACAGACAGUCCCCUCGACCAACCUCAUACAUACCCACUCAUCACUUGGCUUCCUGUGCUCGAUCUCCUCAGCCCUCUUUAUACAGUUACUCACCACAGUCUGCUUCCUUCAUGCAGUCUCGGCAUUCAAAUUCACACAUGCAGUCUGAGCACAUAACGGCUUGCAGUGAGUCACCUCAACCUCAAGGAUAUUCUUUACAAAUACAGUAUCAUGUUAAUGAUAUUGAUCCUCCAUCUCCUCAGGCUCUUUCUUUUUCUAGUGGUCAUGCUUCAUCAUAUUGUCAAUUUCCACAGGCAGAUACUUGCAGUCAGUCCUCUCAUGCAUCACCAGUUCCACUCAGAGCAUCAUCUACCAGUGCUGUGGGAAAAGAUGUCUCCCAGUCAUCCCACCUUCUACCAUAUUCAGUUCCCAAUGUUUCACCACCACAUCACCAUGUUAGCCCAGCCAGUAUCUCAUAUAAUAAUGCAUAUAACUCUCAGCUGUCUAGUGAUGCUAAUUAUUUACAGUAUUAUGGUUCUAUUAAAGGAAUGUCCUUAGCAUCUUCAUAUUCUGCAGAGGAAAUAAGUUCAUCUUUCAUAUCAUUAGAAAAAUCUUUAAGUCCACCAUCAUAUGAAGCUCAUUUACAAAACACUGUAUCAAAUCUAACUUCUAGCCCUCAUGGUUCUACUUCUCAUAACACGUCAGGAGUAUACCAUCAAAUAGCACCAACAAAUUAUUCUUUAUCAUGCCAUAGCACAAAAUUUGAACAAGACAUUUCAGCUGUGCACCCAAAUCCUAGGAAAAGUGUCAGGUCACCACCUGCAUAUCCUUUCUCCCCAACCUUAGUUCCACCACCAACAUAUGCACUCAACUCACAACUGACUCCUACAACCCAUCAUUCAGAUCAUCCGACUGUAUUAGAUGUGAGUAAAGGGUCUUAUGGGUAUAGUCCAGAGGAAUCAUCACAUUCUUUUUUUCCAAACAAUCCACCAGUGUUUCCCCCUGCUGCACCUCCGCUUAAUGAUCCUCGACCAGGAGUACCUUUCCUUAAUUGUCAAGAUUACAACACUGGUCAAAGUCACAGUAUGAAUUACAACUCUGCCUCAGGCUCGACUUUCUCAAGUGUAAUGUAUCACCCUUCUCAUGAUGUACAAAUCUCUGAUAAUGGAGUGGUAAGUCAAGGAUUGCACAAUAGAAGCUACAAGCUUACUGAUCAGCAAACAUUUAAGCAUCAUCACCAGGAAACAGAACUGACUGUGCCUGACUGGAGGAACCCCACCAGAGGAGUUGGGAUUCAUAACAGUGACAGUUUGAAAGUACAUAGUCUGAUAGAGCGAGCAUCAAGACUAUGGUUUAUUCCACACCAAGAACAAAAUCGUGUGUAUAUGAAGAGGAAAGAGAUGGCAAGAGAUCUCCUCAGUCAUCCUGACUUACACUUAAGCAGAGAUAUGAUGUUGAAAGAAAAGUUCUGGAUUGAGGAAGAUGAACCAAUUGCUGAAGAAAUACUUUUGUCCUCCAUGACAUACAACACUGAGAAAGAACACAAACAAAGCAACAAAUCACAUGCCAAGAAGAAGCAGAUCCGUGAAAUGUUAUGUCAGGUGUGUGGCAAGAUGUUAAAAGGCCGUAGCAGUUUGAAAUCUCAUUUGAACAGUCACCACAGAAUCCAGCCCCAUGCUUGCCCUUACUGCACAAAGUGUUUCACCAACCGCAGUGUUCUUGUAGCACACCUACGGAUUCAUACUGGGGAGAUGCCGUAUGUUUGUCGCAUUUGUGAUACAUCUUUCAGAACACAAUCUAGCCUUACACGACAUAAAAGUUUGCACACUAACAUUAGGCCAUAUGAGUGUUCUAUGUGUUCCAAAGCUUUUAAAACAAAACUAGUGUUGCAGCAACAUUUAAAACUUCAUUUAACAGGUUUGUUCACCUGUUCUGAAUGUGGUAAGACCUUUGAAAGGCAUAAAUCAUUAGCAGUGCACAAAGCAUCUCAUCAUCAUGCUUCUCAAAAAUUUCCUUGUCCACAUUGUCAUAAAGCAUACCAAUUCAUCAGUCUUCUUAAUCAUCACAUGCAGGUUCACUCCAAUAUCCGAAAACAUGUCUGUUCGGUAUGCAGCGAGUCUUUUGUUUGGCGUAGUGGUUUAGCUGCUCAUAUGAGAACACAUUCAACAUCCCGUCCAAAGUGCGACAUAUGUGGAAUGCACUUUGCCUCGGAGAAAAGAUUGAACACUCAUUAUCGUCGCCAUAGCAAUCCACAUCCUCAUCGGUGCGAGGUUUGUGGGAGAAGUUUCUCUCAUGCCUAUCGUUUAGUUUCUCAUUCCCUCACACACCAUGAGCAUAAGGAGUAUGCAUGUCCUAAGUGUGAUGUUGUGUUUACUUCAGCCAAAAAGAUAAAGAAACACUUAAUCAGUCACAGAAAAGAGGAGCCAAGAAUUUGUCAACUCUCUGGUACAAUAGAAAUACCAAAGUCUACCACAUGAUGUAUUGUAUCUAAAUAUUUGAUAAAAGUGCCAUGAUAUUUGCCAAAAUGUAUUGUACACAGAUUUCUAAAUACAGAUCCACACAUUAUUCAGUUAUUUAAUACUUUUUGUAAUUUAUUUAGAUGAUGUUAACUUGUAAAAGUUUAUGCAUCAGUUUUAUUUUGUCAUUUAUUACAUAAUACUGUAAAUAAAAAUAUUAAUUUUUACCAAG